AUCUGCUUUCAUUUUGGUCUUACUUGUUUGUUUACAGAAGCUCUACUUUUGCUCAUUUUUACUUGUAAUUUUUUCUUCUGGUUUUGUUUUGAUUUCUGUUGCGGCUGUGGUUUUUCAGUUCACUUGCUGUUUGCUCUCUCAAUGGAGUUCGUUAUUGGCAUCGUUAGCUCUAUUUUCACUAAAGCUGCAGAGUAUACGAUUUCUCCUAUCAUAAACCAUGUCAAAUACCUUUCCAGUCAUCAGCAAAAUGUUGAGACCCUCAAGGACCAAGCUGAGAAGCUGAAAGAUGCAAGGGACAGAGUGCAGCAUUCUGUUGGUGCAGCUCAACGAAACGGCGAAGAGAUCGAACGUGAUGUUAACAACUGGAUGUCGGCAGUGGACAGGAAGAUCCCUGAACAAGUAGAGAAAGUGAUGCAAGAUGAAGAAAAAGCAAAGAAAAAGUGUUUCAUUGGUUUGUGUCCUAAUUUUUGGACUCGUUACAAGCAUAGCCUGAAAGCUGCAGCGGAGGCGAAGGCUGUUGCCGAGCUACUUGAACAGGGCAAGUUUGACGGUGUUUCUUAUCCUGUACCUUUACAGAGUAUCACUGUCCCACCAGGUAAAGGUUACGAGGAAUUCCACUCAAGAACGUUGGUUUUGAAUGAAAUAAUAGGGGCACUGAAAGAUGAUAGCGUCAGCGUUAUUGGGGUGCACGGUAUGGGCGGCAUUGGAAAAACAACGCUAGUAAAAGAAAUCGCUAGAAAGGUCAAGGACAAGUUGUUUGAUUCGGUUGUCAUAGCAACAGUAACUCAAACCAUUGAUAUUGAGAAAAUUCAGAAGAGAAUUGCGGAGUUAUUGGACUUGAAAUUUGAGGAGCAGAGUACUGAUGUAAAGGCACUUCGACUACGAGAAAGAUUGAAGAAAGAGAAGAGGGUUCUGGUUGUCUUGGAUGACAUUUGGAGGAAGGUUGAUAUUGAGGAAGUGGGGAUUCCUUUGGGAGAUGAACACAAGGGCUGCAAAUUACUAUUAACUUCUAGAGAGCUCAAUGUUUUAUCAAAUGGGAUGGAUGCUCAAAAACAUUUUUCCAUUAGGCUUCUAAAUGAAAAGGAGGCCUGGGACCUGUUCAAGAAGAAGGCUGGCGGUUGUGUUGAAAGUUGCGAUUUGAAGCCUACAGCUAUGGAAGUAGCCAAAAAAUGUGCAGGAUUACCGAUAGCCAUUGCGACAGUUGCAGGGACUUUGAGAAACAAGAGAUUGUUUGAGUGGAAGAAUGCUUUACGAGAACUAGAGAGGCCUUCAUCAAGCAACUUCACGGGGAUAACUGCAGCAUAUUCAGCUAUUGAGUGGAGUUUUAAUUAUUUAGAAAGUGAGGAAGUUAAGCUGACUUUCUUGCUUUGCUGUGUAAUAGGCCAUAAUGGUCUGGUUGAGAAGUUGAUGAGAUAUACUGUGGGUUUGGGUUUAUUUGGUGGUGUCAACACUAUGGAAGAAGCUAGAAAUGAAGUAUUGACGGUUGUGGCUAAUCUCAAAGCUUCUUCCCUGUUGCUUGAUAGUUAUGAUGAUGAGCACUUUGAUAUCCAUGAUGUUGUUUGGGAUGCUGCUUUAGCUAUUGCAUCGAGGGACUACCAUAUGCUUGUUUUGAGAGAUCAUAUUCCAAAGGAGUGGUCCGAUAAGGCGAAAAUGAACAGCUUGAGAGUGAUAAGCUUACCUUGUCCUCAAAUUGUAGCCGAGCUUCCUAAGGAGAUGGAGUAUUCAGGUCUUUCCUUUUUCCAUAUGGCCCAUGAUGAUUCAGUGGCAAUUCCUCCCGAUUUUUUCAGACGAAUUGAAAGAGGAUGGCGAGUUGAAGACAUAACAAUCAUUGGAGAGCUUAAAAAUUUAGAAAUCCUUGACCUUGCCUUGUCAAGGAUCAAAGAAUUACCCAAGAAGAUAGCACAAUUGACUCGGUUAUGGUUGUUAGAUUUGAGUUGGUGUGGAGCACUCAAAAUCAUCCCGCCAAAUGUCUUAUCAAGUUUGUCUAAAUUAGAAGAAUUAUAUAUGGAGGGAAGCUUUGCUGAAUGGGAAAAUGAAGGAGUAGUCGGCAACGAAAGGAGAAAUGCACGCCUUGAUGAAUUAAACAAUUUGUCUCGUCUAACUACUUUACAUGUUAAUAUUCCUGAUGUUCAAAUGAUUCCAAAGCAUGGAUUCAUUGAGACAUUGGAUAGAUAUAAGGUUCUCGUAGGUGAUUAUAAUGAAUUUGAGUAG